AUGGUAGAAGUGGACGGAAAACCGUCGUUGUCAGUUGAAGAGGAUGAAAAUGAGAAUGAAGAAAAAUAUGAAAAUGAAGAGAAGGAAAAGUUGGUGAAGCAAUUGAGGUUGGAGAAAUCAGAAAGGAAACGAAUAGAAGAAGAAAUGGAGAAGGAAAUAAGAGAAGUGGAAGGAAAAUGGAUGGAAAAAGUGAGGAAAGCAACAGAAGAGCGAGAUGAAAUUGCAAGGAAAAUUGAUGAGUUUGAGGAGAAAAUUGAUAGUAUGCAGAUACAAGUACACAGAAGUGAAACAUACAAAAUGGAAAUAGAAGAAGCGAAUAAACGCUUAAGGUUACAGUAUGAAGCACUUCAACGGGAUUAUGAAGAAACGAUGCAGGAGAGAAGUAUCGUUUUAGAAGAGAACUCUCGGCAGUUGGAAGAACGAGAACGUCUUCAAAAGCAGAUCGAAAAAAUGAAAGAGGAGUCAGAAGAAGUGGCAGCAUUAAAGAAGAAAUUGGAAAACACCCGACGGCUUCUGCAAGUUAACGUGGAAGAGACUGUAACUGCAAAUGCAAGAAGAGAUGCAGCACUCGCGAGACUAUCUGAAGUAGAACAAAAUGGAAUCAGACUGGCCGAAGAGAGGGAUGAAGCACUUAUGAGAUGUAAACAAACUUCAGUUGAUGCUAUUGUUGAUAUUUGGAAUACGCAUUCAGUUCAAGUUAACUUGCCAUUCAAUAAGCCGAAUCUCGGAAUAAUGCUUGGUGGAGGUCGUACAGAUGAUGGAUCAAUCGUCCAUGGACCCAUUUAUGUUCGACAUAUUGCCCAUGGAUCUCCUUUUGAAAAUCUAUUGAAAAAGCUAGAUCAUAUUAUGAUGGUCAAUGAUAUUUCUGUGACCGAUAUGGAUGAGAGAAGCGUCAUGGGAAUGUUAUCAAACUCACAUCACAUUCAUCUAGUCAUUAGAAGAAGAUCCAACUGUAACAAAAUCAGUGAUGUCUGUCUUCCUUUAAAUUAUGGUGAGUGUCUUGUUGAUUCAUUUUUCAGUAUCUCUGAAAUUCCAGGAGUAGGUCUUGAACUUGCAAAUGGAGUAUUCAUCAACUCUUGUGAACCAAAUGGAGCUGCUUCUAGAAGUGGAUUGGCUCCAGGUCAGAGAGUGGUUCAUGUGAUGCACACUCCUGUUUACGAUGCUAAACAUGCAGAACUUUUGAUUAAAAACGCUCGUGAACCACUUGUCAUUGGAAUCCUGCAGUCAACAAAAAGGGGAGAUCAGAAUGGAAAAGAUAAAAGUAGACCUACAAUUUUUUCGAGGUGGUUCAGUCGAAAUGGUGGCGCUGAUAAAGAGCGAACUGUAGUUGCAAAAGCCAAUAUCGACCGCUCGAAUGACCAAGUUUUGCUUCGCCAAGGCUCUUUACGAAUGCCACAAGCGUCACCUGCAUCAGUGAGCCCAUUGGUUCGAUAUGGGUCACUACGAGCUCCUACAUACUCGAAUAGUGUAGCUGAUCACUCAAAACUAAUGUUGGACACAUUGGAUAAAAGAUUCAAUGGAGCAUCAACCGCCCAUUUAGAAAUUAGUUCUUCUUCAACUGCAGCGCCAUCUGUUCCAUGGAGUCCGUCAUCAGUUAAUGAGAAAAGUCUCGUUUUCGCUGGAACUAACAUUGAAGGUGUCCCAGUUUAUGUUCCGAAGAACACAAUAUUCAGUAAGUUACCUGAGCUUGUCUUCCUUCUAUCGAAAAAAACGAACAAUGUCCCAAAUAUCAUCGGCACACCGGGGGAGCGGGUGGGAUGGGCGAGCUUCUCUUCGAAUACAACAACGUCAGAUGCUAGACCAUACUCAAUGCAUUUCACACCUACAUCAUCUACCAUAAUGGAAGGGAAACCACACAGAAGAUCACAGGUGUACAGUCCAUCUCAUCCUCCAGCCUACCCAACAAUCCGAGAUGAUUCAUUAUCCUCGGUAAUGUCUUCGAGUAAUUCGAUACGUCUCCCAAGUACCAGUUUCUCAAAUCAGUAUCCUAAUAAUUCUGCAUGCAGUUUGACUGGCGGAAACAGUGCACCUCCACGUCAUUGCAUCAGUAAAGAUGGGAGUGAUUUUUCUAUUUCAACCACUGGAAGUGCAAUGCACAGCUACGCAGAAGGAGGAAGAUCUACAAAGAAAUAUCCCCAUAUGCCACGUGGGAACCACCAUUCAGAAUCUUUACUUGUCAAUCGAUCAUCUCAACCGAGACUUGUAGAAGUUCCGAGGUGUGAUGUGAAGUUGUGUGGAGGGAAUGCAAUAGGAAUUCUUGCUGAGAAAUCCCUUGGAUCUGAACUGUUGGAAGGUGAUCUUAUCCUUUCGAUCGACGGAAACUGUGUUCGGAAUACAACAUUGGAGUGUGCGAUCAACACAUUGCUAGCAGAUGACACUGAACUGACAAGCCUGCUUGUCCAAGAUGGAGGAGAUCGUCUGAACCGUUUAAGAUUAGGAGCCGAUGGAGACAGCUUCUUCCUUCGAGUCAAUAUAGACAGACCAAUGGAGAAUAAGGAUGAACUGGAAUUAAAGUGUGGAGACGUUGUCUUCGUAGACAAUACAUGGAUACUGGGCAAAACGGGAAGAUGGAUGGCAUGGAAAGUGGAUAAGGAGGGCAGGCAGAGAGAUCAUGGAGCUAUUCCAAGUUCUACAACAGUUUAUCAAGCGAUUCGUGCCAAUAAAUAUGCGAAUCCAUUCCCAAAGAAAGCAUACGAAUGGGUGGAGAAGUUGGAUACAAAGGUGAAGAGACCUGUUCUGUUGUUCGGAGCAGUUGUAGAACCGUUUCUUCAAAUGUUGGUUGAUGAAUCUGACAAGUUCUCGAUUGUGGCAAGAGAAUCUCUGACUGCAAGUUUCGAUGAAGUAUCCGCAUUGCUGAAGGAUAAAGUUGUGAUUGAUUCAAAACAAAAUGAUGAUGUCUACGACCUGUAUCAUGUCAUAUCAACAGCUCAUAUUAUGGAUAUUACUGCUCAAGGGUUAGUGUUAUUUCAGAGAAGAACACCUCUUAAUUAUGGGAACUAUUCCAGACUUCACUGUGUUCUACAAGUAGACCAAACAGCAAUCGAUAGAUUGAAGAGGUGUCGAAUGUUCCCAAUUCUAGUCAAGAUUCGUUUCAAGUCAGUGAAACAAUUGAAGGAUGUGAAUGAGCAUAUUUGUGGAGAGAAAAUUAGUUCAAAGGAAGCAAAGCAGCUUAUCGAAAAAGAUCUAAAAAUCGAGAAAGAUCUAGAUGGAUCUGUAACUUUGGUGGUUCCAAGUCAUAAUAAUGUCAGUUUCAUGAUGACUCAUGCUGUCUUGCAGCUGAAAAAACUCAUCGAAGAAGAACAAAAGAAAAUAGUAUGGGUUCAGAGAAAAAUCGAUGAAGAAUGA